AUGUUUUUAUGGAGGUUAGCUGUCGAUGUUCUUCCUUCAAAGAAUACCUUAUUCGAAAGAACAGGAAAGGGAGAUCCUUGUCAUGCUAUGUGUGUGUUCACUAAGGAAACUUUGUCCCACCUUUUCAUUGAAUGCCUUGUUGCUAAAGCCAUUGCCUUUUGCAGCAAAUGGGGGCUAAAGUUAAAUGCGGUGGUCACUAGUAAUUCACAGGAUCUUGUUAGAUGGUGUGUGAACUCUUCAGAUCAGAUGGUCAAUAUGCUUGGAGGUAAAGAUUUCACAACUUUACUUCUAGCCACUUUUCUCUACGUGGUUUGGGAGCUUCGAAACGACAGGGUCUUUGAAAGCAAAAGCUCUAUUUCCCAGGCCACGAUAAGAUGGAAUUCUCUUGUUGAAGAAUUUAAAUCGGUAGCAUUAGAAAGGAGCCUUGAACAAACUGUUGUUAAAGAGAAUAACUGGACACCUCCUCAAAGUGGUAGGAUUUGUAUUAAUACUGAUGCCGCUUGUAAUCCAGAUAAAUCAGCCAUUGCUUUGAUAGCUAGAGACGACAAAUGGAAGGAUAUGCUUAUUGCAGCUAAACCAGUCCCUCCUUUGAGAGUUGAAAUGGCUGAGCUUAAAGCUAUUGAGUGGGCCUUAACUAUAGCUAAGGAAUUUGAUUGGCCUUAUGUGGAUUGGUUGUGUGAUUUCCUUUCAGUAGUCAAUCAGAUUAAUGCCUCUUGA